AAAACAAAACAAAAACAAAACUUUUGAUUAAUUUUUUGAAAAUUUUUCCAAGUUUCAUCUCUUGAAUAAUUUUCUUGAUUUCAAAAUACGAGUAAUUCAAGUUUAAUUAAAUGAAGUACUACAUUGGCCUUGGGUGAACAUUUCCCCGCCACCCCCCGGAUAAUUCAAAAAAUUAUGGCUCUGAGAUGGAGUAGUGAUUUCACCAUCGCCGAAUUCAGGGACCUGAAGGCCAAAUCUAUUGCGCUAGAUAAUCGUGGAAAUCUGCUAAUUCUUCCUGGUAAGCAGGUACUUGGUAUCAAACAUCUUAGUCGUCCCAUCGAUGAAAUCGUAACUUUUCCCAGAUCAAGUAAAAAUGAACCGGGAGCUGUGCAAUGGAGUUGUCAUCAUGAGAAUAUAUUCGCUCUUUGUUCUGACGUUAGAGUAGAAUUGUUUUCCUGGAAAAAUGAUAGCGAUUUAUGCGUAGAUAAUUCUUUAAAAGCGCAUACCCGCGUUGUAACGGAUGUGAAUUGGCAUCCAGUAGAUCGAAAUAUUAUAGCUUCGUCUUCGUUGGACACGUUCACGUACAUCUGGGAUAUACGAGAAUGUCAUAAACCUGUGAUCUCUUUAUCGUCUUUUUCUGCUGUCUCUAAUGUCAAAUGGAAUGGCACAUCUCGUCAUCUAUUAGCCACCACCCAUAAUGGCGAUGUUAAAAUUUGGGAUGAACGAAAAGCUUCUUCGCCUGUGCUAUACAUAUCAGCUCAUUUAACCAGUAUUCAUUCUUUCGACUGGGACCCGGAAAACGGAAAUAAAUUAUUCACCGCCAGUCAAGAUGGCACGAUAAAGUUUUUCGACAUAAACCAUCCUCGCAAAACCGAAUGCAUCAUUAAUGCCGAUGCACCGGUGUGGAAAGCUAGUUAUACUCCCUUUGGACGUGGAAUGCUGGCCGUGAUUAUUCCCCCUUCAAAAAAGAGUGAUAAUACCUUACUUCUGUGGAAUUUAACCAAUAGUAGCGUUCCUCUGCAUACGUUUGUUGGUCAUACCGAAAUCGUAUUGGAUUUUCAAUGGAGAUGUUACCGUCAAAAUGAAUUCGAACACCAGCUGAUCACUUGGUCUAAAGAUCAAACAUUACGCAUUUGGGAGGUUGACAAAUAUUUACAAGAGCUGUGUCGCUUACCAAAUACUGACUAUGGCUCUGAUUGCGUUGAUGGUGCUUCUGUCGAGUUGAAAUCAAAGUUUGAUUCGAGCGAUAUUUUAAAAAGUCAGUCGAACGUAGCGAAUUCUGAAAAAAAAAUUCAAAACGAAGACAGCGAUUACUUAUCGGAUACCGGUAGUCGAAAAUCUGCUCAGAGUGUAUCUGCCGAUUCAGCGAAAGUAAAUUCUUCUCACGUCAAUGACGUAAAGAACACAAUCGCCACGUUUUCCGGCCCUCUAAAUCUGCAGCAAGAAUUUUCGAAAACUGUCAAUAUUCCUAACGUUCAAAUUCAAAAGACCGACAUUGUAAGAAGAAUGUGCACAGCUAUUGCCAAGUGUAACGGUCAAACCAUUUGCUUGCAUAUCAAUUUCCCUCCCAGUUAUCCUAGAAAUAAAGGACCGAUAUUUCAGUUUGACCAAGGAACCACAGUUUCGCAUUCAGUACGAUUAAAAAUAUUAGAAGCUUUAAGAGAUACGACGGACAUCAAAGUGAGAAGUAAUCAAGGUUGCUUGGAAGCAUGUCUGCGUACUUUAAUUACCACCAUGCAAAAGUUAACAUCCGCGGACGCUGAUAAAAUCAAUUUAUUUAAUAAGGAUAGACCUCUUUCUGAUAGAAUUUCUCCAUUCGGUAAUACCCACGAUGCUUACUUUUUACCGGCGCGAACUUGCGGUGCCAGAUUUUGCCAUACUGGCGCUUUGGUCUGUUUCGCUAAAUCGCAAGUGUUAUCUGCUGACAAAAAUGUUUGCGGAUUAGUGAGUUUAUCUGGAAGACAAACCGAAGCCUUGACGAGAUUGUAUCUGCAAAAUAAAAAUGGUACCCUGCCACCUAGAACGAAAUACAUGAUUAGACGAGGACUGCUUAAAAGAAUGAGGAAUACUCAUAAGAACAGAAGAACUGUGAUCGUAUACGAUGUUUCGCGUUUGUUUUUACUGAAUUACGAUUUGGCAAACAAGUACCUGAUUAGUGGCAAUGAAUUGACUUCCAUAUGCAAACAUAACGCGAAUAUGGUCAAUAUGACUGGUCGGAAGGACUUGCAGCAGAUAUGGAAUUUGACUUUACUCGUAGCGUCGACUAUCUCUGGCAACUGCGAUCCUUCGAAAAAUCAUCAUCCGUUUGUGAAAAAUAUAUUGAAAUCGAUAAUUGAAUAUUAUAUUUCACAAAGCGAUAUACAAACCGCCGCAACCAUAUGUUGCGUUUUUCAUAAAUAUCUCUGCGCCGAAAAAUCGAUUCAAAGCGUAUGCCCUACGGUUUUUCAAACGCACAACGCGUCUCCUUAUCAUACCAUUCAUCCGAUGGAAAGUUCGUUGGAGAACUCGUGGUCUUUUCCAAUUCAAAAACACAUACGUUCUAAUUCUUGCUCCGAACUAUUAGAGGAUUUUAGAAAAUGUUGCGUGGACUACGGUGAAAUUGCAGACGCUAAUGAUUCAUCUAUACAACCUUCCAACUCGUUGAAGGAUGAUAGCGAUGAACUGCUAUUUGACAGAGUAAAGAAGGCUUACGCCGAUGUUUUAUACCGGUGGAACUUACUCAACGUUCAUGCGAUGGUCAUGAAAUGUGUUAAGACUGCGAAAGUUGACGUGCACAAAGGAAUCGAACUCCGAGCCGAAUGCAAGAAAUGCCGAAGUUCGUCCGGUGACAAAAUGUGUUCUACGUGUAAAUUGCCCGCUUUAUAUUGCGUAAUUUGCCGUUUAUCAGUCAAAGGUUUGGCAAAUGUGUGCAUUUAUUGCGGCCACGGUGGUCAUUUGUUUCAUAUGAAAAAGUGGUACGAAGUGCAAAAAUUUUGUCCUGCUGGUUGUAAUUGUCAGUGUUCAAUGACAUUAUAUUCAUCGACGAAGCAGCAUAAAUAAUUUCUAUAAACGCGAAGACGAAAUUUCAUUCUUGAUAGUUCACAUGUCUGCUUUUUCAUUUGCUAGGUUAUGGAUUUUUCUUUGUUUUUUUGUUUUUCAUGUACAUAUUUGUAAGUACCUACCUGUACUGUAAAUAGCUUGAUUUGGUUUGAUUUUUUUUUUACACAAAAAACAAAAACAUUCCCGCGAAUAAUAAAUUAUUUCUUGAGAAAAUUCACAAUCGAAUUAUUGUCUCGUAUUCGAAAAUACGAUAAAUAAUGAAUUACAUUAAAUUUUUCUGUUAUAAAGAAAUUAUCGAGUGAGUAAAGUAGGUACUUAUCGUUAUCUAUAAGUACGCAGAUUGAUAGAUAUUCGUUCGAGGAUCGUCGAUUAGCCUAUCUAAGCGAUAUAUUUUCAUAGGUACCUAAUUAAGAUGAAUUUCUGAGGCAGAAUUCUUCUACUACCUAUGGAAGGUUUUUUAAAAGCCUUUUCACAAGACUGAAUCGUACCUACUCGAAUAUAACGA